UGGUUUUUUUUUUUUUUUUCAUUUCUUGAGGCAACGUGGAUUUAUUUAUCCUGCCCUGCUUCUCGGCCGCCUUUUGCCUCCCUCGUUAUUUUUAGAGGACGGGGAGAGAAAAGAAAGCGAACAAUUUCGGACUUUUGUUUUGUUUUGUUUUCGGAAAGGGGGAUUUUGUCCAAUUAAGAGGAAUGAAGUCUGGCGCUGGAGGAGGGUCCCUCGCCGUCGUCUGGGGGUUUCUGCUCGUCUUCGCCGCACUUUGUCUGUGGCCAACAAAUGGGGAAAUUUGCGGGCCAAAUGUUGACAUUCGCAAUGAUAUCCAUGAGCUGAAACGCCUGGAGAACUGUACGGUAAUUGAGGGUUUCCUUCAAAUUCUGCUCAUCUCUAAAGCAGAGGAUUACCGCAACUUCCGCUUCCCAAAGCUCACUGUCAUAACUGACUAUUUGCUGCUGUUCCGUGUGGCAGGCUUGGAAAGCCUCAGUGAUCUCUUUCCCAACCUCACCGUCAUUCGUGGGAGGAACCUCUUCUACAACUAUGCCUUGGUUAUCUUUGAAAUGACAAAUCUUAAAGAGAUUGGGCUUCACAACUUGAGGAACAUAACCCGCGGGGCCAUACGGAUUGAGAAGAACUCUGACCUGUGUUACCUCUCCACAGUGGACUGGUCUCUCAUCCUAGAUGCAGUGUCCAAUAACUACAUCGUUGGGAAUAAAUCUCCAAAGGAAUGUGGAGACUUGUGUCCAGGAACAAUGGAAGAGAAGCCAUUGUGCGAGAAGACGUCUAUUAACAAUGAGUACAACUACCGCUGCUGGACCACCAACCACUGCCAGAAAAUGUGCCCCAGCUCAUGUGGCAAGCGAGCCUGUACAGACCAAAAUGAGUGUUGCCAUCCCGAAUGCUUGGGGAGCUGCACAGCACCUGACAACAACACAGCUUGCGUGGCCUGCCGCAAUUACUACUACGAAGGAGUCUGCAUGCCCACCUGCCCUCCCAACACCUACAAGUUCGAGGGCUGGCGCUGCGUGACUAAAGAGUUUUGCUCCAAAGUCCCUGCCACCGAAACAAGUGAAUAUGAGCGGUUUGUGAUUCACAAUGACGAGUGCAUGGCAGAAUGCCCCUCUGGAUUCAUACGCAAUGGGAGCCAAAGCAUGUUCUGCAGUCCUUGUGAGGGGCCUUGCCCCAAAAUUUGUGAGGACGGGAAAACGAAGACCAUUGACUCUGUCACGUCAGCGCAAAUGUUGCAGGGAUGCACAAUUCUGAAGGGAAAUCUGCUGAUUAACAUCCGUCGUGGAAAUAACAUUGCCUCAGAACUGGAGAAUUUUAUGGGUCUGAUUGAGACAGUAACAGGGUAUGUGAAGAUUCGUCAUUCCCAUGCAUUAGUCUCCCUGUCUUUCUUGAAGAACCUGCGGUAUAUUCUGGGAGAGGAACAGGUGGACGGGAAUUAUUCCUUCUAUGUGCUUGAUAACCACAAUCUUCAGCAGCUGUGGGACUGGAACCAUCAUAACUUGACGAUCAAGGAAGGGAAAAUGUACUUUGCAUUUAAUCCUAAACUGUGUGUUUCUGAGAUUUACCGUAUGGAGGAAGUUUCAGGAACCAAGGGACGACAGAGCAAAGGAGAUAUAAAUCCAAGGAACAAUGGGGAGAGAGCCUCUUGUGAAAGCCACAUUCUGCAUUUUGUUUCCAACACUACGCUCAAGAAUCGGAUUAAACUAACAUGGGAACGGUAUCGCCCUCCAGAUUAUAGAGAUCUCAUUAGCUUCACUGUUUACUACAAAGAAGCACCAUUCAAAAAUGUGACAGAGUAUGAUGGGCAAGAUGCAUGUGGCUCCAAUAGCUGGAACAUGGUUGAUGUUGACCUGCCACCGAACAAAGAGAACAAUCCUGGAAUUCUACUGCAGGGAUUGAAACCUUGGACUCAAUACGCCAUUUAUGUCAAGGCUGUUACCCUCACAAUGAUGGAAAACCAUCAUAUUCAUGGAGCAAAAAGUGAAAUUGUAUAUAUACGAACCAAUGCUGCAGUGCCAUCCAUUCCCUUGGAUGUUAUUUCAGCAUCCAACUCCUCAUCCCAACUGAUUGUGAAGUGGAAUCCUCCCUCCCUUCCCAAUGGCAACCUCUCAUACUACAUCGUACGAUGGCAGCAGCAACCUCAGGACAGUUACCUUUACAGACACAAUUACUGCUCCAAAGAUAAAGUCCCAAUUCGAAGAUAUGCUGAUGGGACCAUUGAUACAGAAGAAGCUACUGAACCCACCAAGCCAGAGGGCUGUGGGGGAGAAAAAGGACCUUGUUGUGCUUGUCCGAAGACAGAGGCAGAAAAGCAAGCUGAGAAGGAGGAAGCAGAGUACCGGAAAGUCUUUGAGAACUUCCUUCACAACUCCAUCUUUGUCCCCAGACCCGAUCGGAAGCGGAGGGAUGUGUUCCGAAUCGCAAAUGCCACUUUGGCCACUCGAAACAGGAAUGCGACUGGGACAGAUCACUUCACCAAUGUUUCUGAUGCAGAGGAGAGCGAGGUGGAAUACCCGUUCUUUGAGACCAAAGUGGAUGGCAAGGAGAGAACUGUGAUCUCCCAUCUCCAGCCUUUUACUCUUUACCGCAUUGAUAUUCACAGCUGCAACCAUGAAGCUGACACACUUGGUUGCAGCGCUUCCAACUUUGUCUUUGCAAGAACCAUGCCUUCAGAGGGAGCAGAUAACAUUCCAGGAACGGUAGCAUGGGAAGCAAAAGAAGAAAAUACCGUCUACCUGAAGUGGUUAGAACCUGCAAAUCCAAAUGGGCUGAUACUAAUGUAUGAAAUCAAAUAUGGGCAGCAUGGAGAGGAGAAGCGGGAAUGUGUUUCCAGACAGGAAUACAAGAAGCUUGGAGGAGCUAAACUAACUCAUCUGAACCCUGGAAACUAUUCUGCUAGAGUUCAGGCCACUUCACUAGCUGGAAAUGGGUCAUGGACUGAGCCAGUCUCUUUCUAUGUGCAACCCAAAUCAGCAAACUAUGGAAACUUCCUGCACUUGAUAAUUGUGCUCCCUAUUGCUUUCCUGCUCAUCAUUGGGGGAUUACUGAUAAUGCUGUAUGUCUUUAACAAGAAGAGGAACAGCGACAGACUGGGCAAUGGAGUACUUUACGCUUCUGUGAACCCUGAGUACUUUAGUGCUUCAGACGUGUAUGUUCCAGAUGAGUGGGAGGUGCCCCGUGAGAAGAUCACCAUGUGUCGGGAGCUUGGGCAAGGCUCCUUUGGAAUGGUGUACGAGGGAAUAGCCAAGGGAGUGGUGAAGGAUGAGCCGGAGACCAGGGUGGCCAUCAAGACUGUCAAUGAGUCUGCAAGCAUGCGUGAGAGGAUAGAGUUCUUAAAUGAGGCCUCGGUGAUGAAGGAGUUCAAUUGUCACCAUGUGGUUCGGCUGCUUGGUGUUGUUUCUCAGGGCCAGCCUACGCUGGUUAUCAUGGAGCUGAUGACACGUGGGGACCUCAAAAGUUACCUGAGAUCAUUGAGGCCAGACACAGAGAAUAAUCCUGGCCAGGCACCUCCAACUCUGAAGAAGAUGAUUCAGAUGGCAGGAGAGAUUGCUGAUGGGAUGGCAUACCUCAACGCCAACAAAUUUGUUCACAGAGACCUUGCUGCGAGAAACUGCAUGGUGGCAGAAGACUUCACAGUGAAAAUUGGAGAUUUUGGCAUGACAAGAGAUAUCUACGAGACAGAUUAUUAUCGUAAAGGAGGGAAAGGCUUGCUGCCUGUCCGCUGGAUGUCCCCGGAAUCACUGAAAGAUGGAGUCUUCACAACGCACUCCGAUGUCUGGUCUUUCGGUGUUGUACUUUGGGAGAUUGCAACGUUAGCGGAGCAGCCAUACCAAGGCAUGACCAAUGAACAAGUGCUCCGCUUUGUGAUGGAAGGAGGUCUGCUGGAAAAACCAGACAAUUGUCCUGAUAUGCUGUUUGAGUUGAUGCGCAUGUGCUGGCAGUACAAUCCGAAAAUGAGGCCCUCCUUCCUGGAAAUAAUUGGUAGCAUUAAAGACGAGCUGGAUCCAGCAUUCAAAGAGGUCUCCUUCUUCUACAGUGAAGAGAACAAGCCUCCGGAUACAGAGGAGCUUGACCUGGAGACUGAAAACAUGGAGAGCAUUCCUUUAGAUCCCUCCUCCACCCUCCAACCCACUGACAAGCACUCAGGACACAAAGCCGAGAACGGCCCAGGCGUGGUGGUCCUUCGGGCCAGCUUCGAGGAGAGACAGCCGUACGCACACAUGAACGGGGGACGCAAGAAUGAGAGGGCCUUACCGUUGCCCCAGUCUUCGGCCUGCUGAUCCUUAGAACCAGAAUCUCACAGAAAUAAAACACAGAAAAACACAUGCAUUGGGGGAAGAAAGAAAGAAAAUUACAAUAUAUUCAAAAGCCUACUGUACCUCAGUGGAUCUUCAGAACUGCCAUAGCUGCACUUGGGAGAACCCUUUUUUCAGUAAACAAGUUAUCGUAUUUUUCUUUUUUCAAUAUGCAAGCAGAUGUUUGUUUCAGUAAAGGACUCCAUUCAUGGGGCACACAGUUGGCCUUUUAAAACUCUAAUGUUAACACUUAAUAGCAACAGAAAACUUGAGAUCUGAUGUCUCUCCCUCUUCUCUCCUCUCUUCUCUCUCUCUCUCUCUCUUUCUCUCUCUGUCUCUCUCUUUGCUUCAUAAUGGGAAACAUAUCUGCGUGCAAGUUCAACCGUACAGCACUUUUAUCAGAUCAAAGAUAUCGCAGGCCAGGUGGCUCCCCGGUACCCUUGCAAGCACCUGCCUAACACUGUAGGUCUUUAUAAAAAAACAAACAAACAAAAAAAAACCAAACAAAAAAAAAACCCACAAAAAAACCCUAAAAAAGACUGGAUUUUUAAUGUUGCUCUUUAAUCUUUUUAGGAACACGUAAAAGAAUAAAAAAGGGCCAUCAUUCGUCCAAGGUUGUUACCAUUUUCAACGCUGCCAAAUUUUGCCAAAAAACUGAACUCUUUGUUUUUUGUUUUUGUUUUUUUGUAGGCAUGGAAGGAGCACAGUAAUCAACUGCUCUGUUCAAAAGAGAUCCUGACCAAUACAUUCUAUUCAAUCAUACACUGGUAUUUAAAAAAAAAAAAUUAAAAAAAAAAUUCAAAUUGUCUAGAUCUUGUUUCAAAACUGGACAAAAUGUGAUUUAUUUUUUUUUUCUUGUGAUGGAGAAGAUAAAAGGGAUGGGGUAAAGAAACAGCCCGCCCUCCACCCCUGUCCCCAUCCCAAUGAAUUCUGGACAAAACUGGCAGUGGUGAGCUAAAUAAACACGUGCAUUUUGUACAAAAAAAAAAGUCAACCGCAUGCCAAAAAUGAAACAUGAAAAACAUGAAAAUAACCGGCAGAGAUCUCCAUCGUUGCAGCCUGCCUUCCUUCACAGGCUUGCAAGGAAAAAAACACCUAGAAACAUAAAUUGGAGAAGACAAAAAAAAGCAGUAACCGGAUUCAAGUAUAUGAUGCUUUGUUGACCUUUUCUCUUUAUUAUUAAGACUUCUCGAAGGGUCUUGCAGUUCUAUGUUAGACCAUGGAUCAUUUGCAUACACAUUGUCUUUUGUGUCACUUUUAUAACUUUUUUACGGUUCAGAUACUCAUCUAUAUGUCUGUACAGAAAAAAGCUGCUAUUUUUUUUGUUCUUUAUCUUUGUGGAUUUAAUCUAUGAAAACCUUCAGGUCUGCCCUCCUUCCCUUCCCUCCCACUUCAACAAAUUUUCUUAUGCUUUGUACUAUAGUGUGUAACUUUUACUUCCUCCUUCCCAGUAACUGAUACCUUUCAUAUGAUUUGCCAUGAACUGUUUAAUGCCUUUUUAUAAAUACA